CUCAUUAAUAUUCAUGAGUUCGCUGUCGUCCGCACGCGCGUCUCAUGGAGAGCGGCGAGCUCGCGAUCCUGCAAAAAGCAGACGACGAGUUCAACAGUAAGAAUUAUAAACCAGCAGAGGAAUUGUACACAAAAUUCAUCGAGUCCUGCGCCAAAUCUAGAGACUGCGCCGCUCAUGAUUUGGCCGUUGCCUAUAACAACCGAGGGCAGGUGAAGUAUUUGCGGGUGGACUUUUAUGAAGCAAUGGAUGACUAUACCUCUGCCAUACAGAUCAACAAUCGGUUCGAAGUGCCACUUUAUAACAGAGGAUUGAUACGUUACAGAUUGGGCUUUUUCAAGGAUGCCGAGAGUGACUUUCGGAGAGCCCUGGAACUGAAUCCUAAUUUUAAAGAUGCUAAAGAAAGUCUGCAGCAGACACUACUGGACCAUGAAGAAAAGUUGAAGAGGGAACCCAGUCAUCAAGCUCAUUAAACUCUUAGAUAUAUUGUCACACGCGGUCCAAGAACGUAUGAUUGUGCAAUUAUGAGCUGAAAUGAUGUUCAAACAUUUAGGCCUGGUUUCCAGACAGGGCUUGACUCAAACCAGGAAUUUUUUAAGACCAUUUAUUGUACGUUAUUUCAGUUAAAAUGGCUUCUAUGUUCUGGGACUAUGAUUUAGCCAUGUCUGUGAAACCAGGGUUAAUGUUUCUAUAUGUAGACGGGGACAGAUUUAUUAACCUGCUGCAAGUCCUUGAAAGUUUGUGAAUAAAAAGCCAGUACUGUUGGUCAGUGCUCAAGAUAUGGGUGAAUACUGUUGUAAAUAAAAAGCAGUGUACAUUUCAGAACAAUUGUUGAUUUUUCCAGUCACAAAAAAGGUUUUUUAAUAAACUCUUUCUUUAAAAUUGUA